AAAGUGGAAACUACGGAACGACACGAUCAUACGCGCGUGUCGGUGUCGGUGAUAUAUAUCGUAUUCAUCUUAUAUCAUCUCAUCAUCUCGUAUCUCGUCUCGUAUAGCAUAGCAAAUAGCACGAGCUCUUUAGCUAACAAGCUGACGCUGGCUAACGCCGAUUGACGCGUGACGCGUGACGCCGAUAGAAGACAAUAGAGAAGAUGCCGGAGACCGUGCUAAACGGUGAUCAUAUUGACGUGAAAGGUGCCACCUGUAAGCCUCAAGACAAAGAGAAUACUGACGAAGAGAAUACUGAAAAUGACGUGCAUUUUGUACCUAUAAUUUCAUUACCCUUGAUAGAAGUAUCCAACAAUGAAGAAGACGAGACAGAGAUGUUAAAGCUACGGGCAAAGUUGUAUCGUUACGAUACGUCGAAUAAUCCUGCGGAAUGGAAGGAACGUGGCACAGGAGAGGUAAAACUGCUAAGACACAAUAUAAAAAAUACAGUCAGAGUAGUCAUGCGUCGAGACAAGACUCUCAAGAUCUGUGCGAAUCAUUUUAUCACUCCAUGGAUGGAAUUGAAACCAAAUUGCGGCAGCGAUAGAGCAUGGGUUUGGAGCGUUCUUGCCGAUUAUGCUGACGAACAACUCAAACCAGAAUUACUCGCGAUACGUUUUGCAAAUGCUGAAAACGCGUCGAUGUGGAAGGAUGUGUUUGAGACGGCUAAGAAGAUUGUAGGGUCUAAAUGUGAGAUUUAUGCUGGCAAAAGCACGUCAGAGCAAAAGCGCGCUGAAAGUGACAGCGAAUCCAGCAGCGAUGUAAGUUACAGCGAAAGUACUGAUAACGAGGACCAAACGAAAUCGUUCAAGCGGAAGACUGAAGACUGUGACGCGCGUUCUCAGCAGAAGGAUAUUAAGAAAGAGACAAUGGAAGAGAAAGAUGUGGUAACGAGCGAAGAGACAAUACGCAACGAAAUCACAAAGUUAAAAGUGAAAAACGAAGGUGAGAAGUAAUGCGUAUGUAUAUUCAAUGACACGAAUAUAUAUAUAUAUAUAUAUAUUAUAUAUAUUCGAGACAGAGUUUAUCAAAAGGCACAUUCUGACAUUACGCGCGCAGACAUAUAUUACACAUGCCAUUGUUUCAUUAUUUGAGGCGUAAACGUGCAUAGAUACAUUUUUAGCAAUAAUAUUAUGGGAAAGCUUAUUAAAUUUUGUUCCAAGCGUGUGAAAACUGUAUCUACCAUGAACAUAUUAUCUGUGAUUUUUUUAAAACGACGUAAAUCUGAUAUGAACGUGCAUUUGUACCGAAAGGAAUGUAUGUGAGGGAUGUAUGUUGACUCUCUCUUUGCCGAGAAACGAAUAAAUACAACGACACGUGUACGAACAAAAGUCUCUCGAAUUUUAAUUUGUUCAUUAUUUCACAAAAAUGAUGCAUUAUAUCACAUGUUUUUUGAUAGGUUUUUUAAAUGCGUGCGCGUUAUGUUUUCCUUGAUUAAGAAGAGUAAAUAGCACGUUGUGAAAGAGUACAUAAUAAUCGAUAUAAACGUGA